GCCCUCCAUUAGUACAAUUUCACUAUGGUAAUCAUUCAUUUUGUUUGCAUGCUAAUUCGAUACCAAUUUUAACUCGGUUAAAACUGGCACGAAACAGGAAUCCGAAACGUGCUUUAUUCAAAUUUAGUUAAGCACAGUGUGUCACACUAAAUUUGGUGUGGCAUGGUGUGCUCGGUAGGUGUGAUUUAGGCUACGCACCUGAGGCUGUGGUUAACCGUGGAACGACAGAAGGGAGGGUGCAGCACGUCACUGUUUGGAUGCCAGUGGGACCCACAGAAAAAGCAAGAGGGAGACAGGAAGAGGAACACAGACCGUAAAUGUGGUUGUUGAGAAAUGGCCUAGGAGCUGGAAGGAAAGGGCAAAGCGGCUGUUCAUUUCAGUAGCGUCCAAUUAGCAGCCGCUAUCCGUAUAGCUUUUAUCCGGAGAUAAUGUAACCAUUAAGGAAAGCGCAAACCGUGUGUGCCGCAUUCGGAUGAAAAACGUGGACAAUCCAGAUAUUCAACCAUGGCUUCUGAUAUCACUCCUGAGGCCAUCGGCUUCCUCUCGGCUGUGGGCGUCUUCGUGGUGGUGCUGGCUGUGCUCUUCCUCUUCAUCAACAAGAAGCUGUGCUUCUCCCGCGUGGGCGGCCUACCCUGCCUGGAGCAGUACGGCAGGAGGAAGCGCGCCAAGGACAAGGCCAGCAUCCACCAGGGCCUGGACCAAGACACGGCUCGUCAGUGCAGCUCUGGGGCACUUAUUCAUGAUCUCUACCUGUGUUCUAUAUUCCAGAAAAGGCUUGAUCGGUGUGCUGGGGGGUCCGCUGCUCCUCCUCACGGUGGGAUAUAGGCAGUCGGGUCUCGCUGUGCGUCCGCUGGCGUACAGUGAUGUCAUCUCCUCAGGAGGUGCAGGGCGGGGCCUCUGCGUUCUC